GCGCGAAAAAUCGGAACUAUCAAACAAAGGCGGAGCACGCGACCACUUAGGAUGUGCGUGUCGUCCAAAUGGUGCGCUCUGUACACUUAAAGGUCAGCUUAGCAAGGGUAAUGUUCUAAGACAGUAAGUGUAUCAGCUGUGAUUAUUACAUGGGGUUCGCAAUAUACAGGUUCAUGUGCAGCGCCCAUUAGCGUUCGUGUUGUACAUCUGGUUGCAAUAAAGAGGGGAUCACAUGAGUUGCAUUUCGUACAAAGGUUGUUGUACUCAUAGGGUGUGACGUGACAUUUGCGGUUUUGUUGGAAAAGUUAUUGGCUCAGCUGUCCCCGAAAAUGUUUGAAAAAAUAUUUAAAAGACAAAAAUGAUAACAAAAAUAGUUGAUGUGGUGUUUGUGCUCCCAAACAUGCGAGUUAAUAGGAUAACAUUACAACUAAACUGUUUCAUAAUAGAGGAUUUAACGGGCGCAGCAUGUGCUUUAUAACUGGUAAUUGGAUUAGAAUGGGCUACCCAGUGUUUCUCAGACAAAAAAAACCCUUGUUGCUUGCCCUUCGGGCACAACAAAUGGAACACAGUACAUCACAGAGAAAUUCAGUGUUCAGAAAGAAAGUCAGAAAGUCAAUGCUGUUUACUGCCAUAACUCCUUCGAAGAUGACAAAACUCGACUGAAAAGAUGUCUAGAUUUAUUCUGAAGGGGCAUUAAUCAACCAGCUAUCUUAUUGUCGAUUAAACAUUUUUCCCGUGACUUUUCAUAGCUUUUUUACCAAGCAACGCGUUCCUCGGUUACAAUGGAAAACUUUUGGUGACAUUUUCGAUAUUGACAAUCCUAUUAUAUCCUCAUUUAUCAAUUCGUUAACAACAAGAACCUCGUUAUUGUAAUCAGGAGAUCAGAAGCUUUCAUGACGUUCGUGUUUCGUUUGUGUCUUCGAAGAAAAGCCUGGAUCAUUGUAAAGCCUUAUGAAUGUUACGCACGGAAGACUUCAUUCUUUGCAUCAAUUUUCUGGAUACAUAACCUUAAAGUGUGCUUUUUGAAUAAAUUUUCUUUUUUGUGCCCCAGACUGAAAGGAUUAUACCGCUCUUAAAAUCCAUUUUACCCUGAUUAGAGUACACAUGUGAAAUAAUAAAGUGUUCCUAGGAUACGGAAUUUAGUGAAGCAAGGUCGACUUUUGAGGGUUCUGUGUGACCAAGAGGGCUUGAUUGUUGUUUGCUUGAUUAAUGGUGCAAGCUCAUCCGAGGGACCUGGGCGGACAAAAAAAUCAAACCACAACAAACUUUAUUACAGGCGAAUACAUCGUGAAUGUCGUGACAUUAACAGGUAGUCCAUACUUUGCACUAGUCCUAAUACCAGAGAGCACGAAAUCGCGGGAAACAACAACGAAAUCAAACGGAAGGAAGGUCUAGGCGUUGUUUGUCUAGAUGAGAGUCUUGGACGUGCAAAGGAAAAUGUCAGGGCAAAUUCAAGACUCGGAGUCAAAAACACCAGUUUUGCCGACCUAUGAUGAAGUUGAUGGUUACGGAAUGGAAGCCGCUGCAAUGUAUGACAACAGAGGAGCUGCUACAGCUCUGCAAAUGAAUCAUUCCAGCGUCACGUCCUCGUACCAUCACCCCCCGUCUUCACUAGCGGUAACCUCCACCAUGAGUACCGUCUCUGAUAUACACAAGAGAGAUAAGGAAGUCUUAUAUGGGCAUCCGUUGUUUCCUCUACUCGCUUUGAUCUUCGAAAAAUGCGAACUAGCAACCUGUACUCCCAGAGAGCCUGGAGCAGUGGGAGGUGAUGUGUGCUCGUCCGCUUCGUUCAACGAAGACAUUCAAGCUUUCGCCAAACAGUUCAAAAGCGAUAAAGCCAUCUUUUCUUCAAACCACGAAGUUGAUAGCCUGAUGAUUCAAGCCAUCCAAGUUUUAAGAUUUCACUUACUGGAGCUUGAAAAGGUGCACGAGCUGUGUGAUAAUUUCUGUAAACGCUACAUCACAUGUCUCAAGGGUAAAAUGCCCAUAGACUUGGUCAUGGAUGAAAAGGAAAAUGGCGGUAAAAGCAAAGGAGAUGUGGAUCUCCCAGAUUCCCCAUCCGACGACUUACAGCAAACCGCCCCUUCGUCCUGGCAACCUAGUCUCGCUGCACUGGACGCACAAACCUCGGGACCCCACUCUCAAGAGUCGCAAACGCCAUCGGAUCCUGGCGCGGAGUGCCCCGUUACUCCGGAAGGUCAAUCGCUCAACGCAUCGAUAGGAUCAGAUGAUGGAGGAAGCGAAACGGCGGACGACGACCAAGGAGGGAAGAAAAGCCAGAAGAAACGGGGAAUUUUCCCGAAGGCCGCCACCAACAUCAUGAAAGCGUGGCUCUUCCAACACCUCACGCACCCAUACCCGUCUGAAGAGCAGAAAAGGUCACUCGCCCAAGAAACCGGCUUGACAAUCCUGCAAGUAAAUAACUGGUUUAUCAAUGCGAGAAGACGAAUCGUGCAGCCCAUGAUUGACGCUUCCAACAGAGCUGGCAAAUCCCCUGUUGUGACAGUAUUCAAGUCUAGACGGCGGAAAAGCUCCAUAGGGCAGGGGAUACCGUCCCCCGGACCACCUCGCUACGGACCCGGUCCCGGGCAUCCCCCACCGGGGUACUACCCGGAGCAGCAUCACCCGCAGGCUCACCCCAACUACCACCUCGACGGAGGGGUGCAGCCUCCUCACUUCUCGCCUCGGGCCUACAUGCAGGACCCCGCCAGCAGCGGCGUGGGCACCAUGCAGAUAGCUACCACCAUGGCUCACUCCAUGCAUGGCCAGCUGCAGUCCCCUCAUGCGUACCGCUCAUCCAUGCCACCGCAGCCACAGCCCAUGUACAUCCCGGGGCACCCUCACGCCAUGAUGAUGCCGCCGCCGGGACACCCUCACGCGCAUGCGCACCAUCCGGGACACCCCGGGUCCCAACUCAUCUCGUCCAGCCAGAGUUCGCCGUCAAUUAUCGUGUCUGAGGGAGGCAUGACACAAUCCGUGAUGGACAUGCACUCCAGUUAAAGACGUCUUACGCAGUAUCCAUAAGCCAAUAAUUCAUGGUCUCCACCAACCAGCAGGGGUGCGAUACCGGUGUCUCGAGGGUUUUCCGAAAACUUUCCGAGGACCCCAUGAUCCGUUAAAAACUAAUCGGAAAUUUGACACGAAUUCACGGGUCUUGGAAGGUUUUCCGAAAACUUACCGAGAACCGUCCGUCAAUCUUCGGAAACUAAUCGAAUAUUUCCCAAGAAUUUGCGAGUUCUUGAAGUUUUCCCUACAACUUUACAAAAUCAGUCAAGUUGUACUCAUUGGAAAUUUUAAACUGGAAUUACUGGAGUAUUUUUGUUAGGUCAGUUGGGACAAUGUUUUGAAAGUGCCACGUGCUUGCUCGCGUGUUGCCUUAUUUGGAAUAUGCUAUGGAGCUAUUGCAAUCAAUAAUCGUUCGGCGUUGAUCGGUAAGCGGUUGCAUUCGCCGAUUCCUGCCGACUAUUACCUGAAUGGUAUAGCCUAUUGCAUACUGCAAACCUGAAAAUAUUCGUAUUACCUUAAUUUUCGCUCUUACUUGCAUUACGAAAAUAUAAAACCCGAAAAAAAUUAAAAAAAGUGCAAUACACCAUUUUUUGGUAUGCGAAUCUAAGUGGCGCCCGGAAAUUGUGACAUGAGGCCUUGGCAAAUUUUCCUUCUAUAAUUACCAAAUGGGGCAAAAUCAAAUGGGAAUUUAUAGUUCGGUCCAAUAUACAAUGCUGCUUCCAGAACACGAAAAUAGUGUAAUAAACGCCUUAUAUGUAAUGAUACGUUGCUACCAUAGCAACGCCUUAUAUGUCAUGAUACAAUGCUUCUAUGGCAACGCUUGCAAUUUCUCCAUUGGGCUUGCUUGACUAGACAAUUCUAUGGUAUAUAUUUCCAACAGGUUCUAAUUUGAUGGAAGUGUUUUUCAAUGGCUACCCUAUUUUCUGAGAAUUGAAAAAAGACGUUAAUUCUGAUUUUCCUGUAGCCUUUUAUAUACACAAAGUGCCCAAAUAGAGAAUGUCGUCACAAAAGAUACAUAACUAAAGUUUGAGGAAUUACACCAGUGUUCUUUUAGCUACAGCAAUAAGGUUAUGAUGCGUAACUAAUUUUUUUGUUUUACCCCGGACUGUGGGUGAUCAUUGGUGUUUUCUUAAUGUGAUAAAAAUCAGUCUUUAAUUUGAAAGAUAAAAAUAACACAACGAAUAGUAUAUUUUUAGAUCAACUUAUUAAGAAAGUUAAAAACUUUGUUUUAUUUGUAAAUUUUUCAAGGUAAUCUUGUUUGACUAUUGUCGUCCUUGUGUGUGAUUUAGUACAAUGUAAAAUGCCUUUUAAAAAGGAUUACACAAUUCGGGUGGUGUUUUUUAUGAUCAGCUAAAGAGAAAAAGAGGCGUUCUAAUGAUGUAUUAUAUUCAAGUAAACAGUUUCUAGUAUUUUGUUUAUACAUGUGGCACUAUUUUGUAAAUGCAGAUAGAUAGUCUUUUAAAUUGAAAGCUGGAGAUAUAUAUAUGAUUGAAUGAUUAAUAUUAUGUAUUUGUUAUUGAAAAGCAACAAAGAAAUGUAGAAAUAUUGGCUUA